UUCUUGUAAAUGUGAUUUGGAAAACGGACAAGUUAUCGAUCUGUCUAAAUUGGCUAAGAAAGGCGGAUCAGCAAGAUUUGUUGAUAUUCCUGAUGCUGUUGGUACUGAUACGUUUUCGUACAAUCCAUGUGAAGGAUUUACUCAAGGAUCUUGCAGUGAUGUUGCGGUAUGUCAGAUGAGAGGUUCAGAUUAUUUUAAUGCUGGGGACCAAAAAGGGGCUGUAUGUUUUCAAGAUACAACAGGAAGAUCCAUCGUCUAUACAUCCGAUUCUCCAGUUAUGAUAGGAAAUGUGAAAAGAACAACGGUGCUUUAUCUAACGUGUGAUAGCAGCACAGAGGGGGAACUUCAGGUACAAGGCGAGAUCACACAGGCAACAUAUCUGAUGACCUUAACAAGUAAACAUGCAUGUCCGUUUACUCCAUCCUUACUAUCGCCUGGCACCAUUCUUAUUAUUGUAUUGGUAUGUCUACUUUUUACAUACUUUAUCGGUGGAAUUUUGUAUCAGACUUUCUAUAAAAAAGCAGUUGGAAUAGAGAGAAUACCACAUGUUACAUUAUGGACUAGUUUGCCAUCAUUAGUGAAGGAAGGAUCUGUCUUUGCGUUAAGUAGAGUUACAGGGAAAGGAUACAGUAAGAUUUGAGAGUUGAGCAUGGACAGUUUUUAUCGUUUAGUAUGAACUAAUACUCUAAUAGAAGCAUAAAACAUCGAGAUUUUAACAGCUGAAGUAACAUGUGUAUAAUUAUAUAUUUCAAUGUAUCAAAUAUUACGUAAUACUUAAAAUCCCGGUAAGUGGUUCUUACAUCAAUAAAAAUGUACUGUGGGAAGAGGGUAGCCAUGUUAAAUGAUAAAUAUGGUAAAAUGUAUUAUGUAAUUUUUAACAUGCAUAGUGAUAUUAAAUAUGAUAUUUCUUAUAAUGGUGAAACUACUGAAUACUUUCCAUGUAAUUUUGGUGUUAGACAGGGAGAAAACUUAUUUCCUCAUGUCUUUACACAGUGACAAAUAAAAUAGGAGAAAAAAAUGAUAAUUACUUGAAACUAGAUGUUGUGCUUUACGAAGAUGAUCCUGUUUUAUUUUCUGAAAUUGAACAUCUUCACCAGCAGAUAAAUACAUUUUGUGAAUAUUAUGAAAUAUGGAAACUGAAGGUUAAUCCAACUAAAAAAAUGUUGUUUUUUUUUUGUCGUAAUGGCAGAUUGUCAAAGAAUCUAAAAUUUAUACUAAAUGGUAAAUAUUUAGAAAUUGUGAAGGAUAUAUCAUAUUUGGGCAUACUUUUUCCCGAACGGUUAGCUUACAAGUGCAAAAAAACAAAACCAUAUAAGAAUGAUUUCAGAAGAAGGUCAGUGCGAUCUUUUUGAUGAAAUCAUUAAACCAAUGUAACUAUAUGGCUGUGAAAUUUUGGGUUUUAGUAACGUUGCUUCAAUAGAAUGGGUCCAUUUGAAGUUCUGUAAACUCUUGUUAAAUCUGAAAAAAUUAACAGCCAGCUCUAUGGCCUUAGUCCGGAACAGAAAAUGUCAAAUAUUCUGUAUAGAUAUAUUUACAAACCAAACGAAGAUAGUAGAUAUACUUUUGAAUGGUUGAUUUAUAUAAAUAUGGGUUUUCAAAUACUAGGAUGAGUGAGGGUGAUUAUAAUUUAAUCAAAACUAGUUACAGCUGAGCAUUAAACAGAGAAUAUUCGACAAAUUUUAGAAAACUUGGCAUUCUAGAACAAAACACUCUCCAAGAGCAUUAUGUUAUCAAGUUUCUAAAGAAAAUUUUGAAUUCGAAGAAUAUUUAGAUUUGUUACCUCAUAAAGAUAAAAAAGCUUAAUGAAGAUUUAGAACUAGUGAUCACUGGUUACCUAUUAAAACAGAUGGAUGGCUUGGAAUUGGUAGACAGGAAAUGUACUGUGUACUUUGAACUCUUUUUAGAUAGGUGAUGUAACUUUUUAGGGUGGGUGAUAAAUUGCACUAUGAUCAUAUUUAAAAUUGUACAAGUCUACCUGGAAGCAGAAGAGUUUUUCUAAAAUCGUAGUAGUUAAGCCGAGUAUAUAUUUCAAAAUUCGGCAGCUUAUUUCUUUAACAAAAUAUUCAGUUAUUAGAAUAUUUGUGUAAAUUAAUCAGAGUUAUCGAUACAGAAGUUCGUUCUCAGGUUGAUCAUCAAUUUCUCAUCUUUUUGUGCAAGUUUAUACAUCUGCAUUUGACAUGCUCAUAAUCGGUUUUUUUUUAUAUGUAAAAUAAAUCAUUCUUUAUACCAUUAACUUGUUUUUAUAAGAAAUAAAAUAAUAUUGCAAGA